AUGUGUGCUACUAGACGUGAGAUAUGUUACGUAAAGCCUGAUGUGUCGAGUAGUAGAGCUGAGCAGCAUGUGGGCACGCGAAGAAGUGAGGAAUCGCAGUGCGGUAAUGCACGCUCUAUAGAAGGAUACAGCGAUACAUGGGCAGAGGAUGGUGGAGAAUGUUGUCAACUGUACGGGCACAGAUCUGCAACCAGCAUCAACGUGCUGCUCAACAAUGCCGAUAAGGUUAAUCUUGGCGUCAUCCAUAGAACCAUCAAAGACAUCUUUGACUGCGGCAUUACGUUGUCUGCUCACCAAGUAGGCUUCAUAACUCGAAUGACACUGGAAUGCGGUGAAGACCGCGUUUUGGUACUACGGACGAUAUUCCUGGCACUAUUGGCGUGUGGAGAACCUCUCACGGAAAGCGCUAUCAAAAGCAUUGGAGAUGCUAUACUGACGUCGACUAUAUCCACAAAUUCUACGGAGCAGCUGGCGCUUGUCGACUUGUAUUAUUGCACUUUAUCGCAGCACCCGUAUAUUAUGCACCAGCUACCAUACGCUCAACGUUCGUAUAUGGAGUUCCUAAAUGAAGUGCGGCAGUAUAUUAGACUGAAGGUGCCUUGUGAUGCAGAUUCCGUGGAAACUGAGGCUGUGCGACUCACACUGAACGCUCUCAACGUUGGACACUACGCAGCCAUCGCUGGGCACAUAUACUUGCCAGUCGUAUUAAGUGGCACGCAUAUGGUAAUAGAAGUGUCAACUGACAGGUAUGACUACCGCAAAGCAUACACAUCUUCCGUAGUGAUAUGCGAUGCUUAUCGAUGGAAGGAGCUCAUCCCACCAAAUUCGGCGUACGCCUGCCUGGUCUCUUUGAGCAGAUGUGUAUUUGCGGAAUGGGACACAGACUUUGUAGAAGAUUCCAAGUCUAUACCAUCGAUUGAAAUAAAACUCUCGCCUCCAGAGAACCCGCUCCCCCAAGUUUCGUAUGAAAUCGACAAGUUGGAGGCACGUAGAGUGCAAAUGGAAGAGGGGAUGAUGGCCAAGCUGGAAGAUAAAUUCAAUGAAACAUUGGUGGACUCCCGCGACAAAAUUAAGCAAAUCGUUAAUCAGCAGCUGGACAUAUUCAAUGAUGAACGAUUGAAGACGAUCGUUCGCACUGUAGACACCAAGAAGGAAUCGCAUCUCAAAUCGCAAACACUUCCCAAGGCCCCCUCAUUCAUAGAAAUUGGCGAAAACAUAGUACCCAGCUCGGUCAGAGUCAUGAUGGGCGAAGUCGAUAUACCUGAUCCCGCCAUCAAAACCAAAAUGGAGCAAAUCGAACAGAGCAGGAGCUACGAAGAGAUACAAGUGUUUAACCAGCAAUCUGAUGAAAUGGAACAACUCACGAAUGUCACACUCAUAGAACUGGAAAGAGCCCUGAAGUUGCAAUUGAAGCCGUAUUUGACGCAAAUAGAGCUAUACCAGGCUCAAACGCAUACGACAUCUGCGCCGCGAGCGCAGCUGCAACCAAAACAGGCGCCGGCGUUCAUACAAACAUACGCGUAUCCAUUGCCAAAUACGAAACAGCUCAACGUCAAAAUAGGACAAUCAGAAGAGCCUUAUCCGACGGUGGAAGAUUACGUAAUGAACAUGGAGAAGAAACGCGACGCAGCGGAGAGGAACGAGAGGAACACAGUGCUCACAAUGUAUCUCAAACUCGUCAAGGCGCAACAUGAAAUGAUUCGCGACGAGCUCAGGAUUGCUACAUCAAAUAUCAUAUCGCAGUAUGGUGGAAUCAUCGAUGCAACCACCACCCAAGAAAUCCGGAAGCGUCACCAUAAGUGA